AUGGGUAAAUUUGUUAUAUUUGUGUUAUUUAUUGUUUUUAAAACUGCUAUUUCAGCCGAUUACAAUGAAAUGUUAAAUGUAUUGAAAACCUUUUUUGUUCGGAGACAUGUUCAAACCGUGACAGCUGCAAAAACGUGUUGGCCAUUUGACGUCAAUAAAAAACUUUUGGACGAUCUCUCGUCGGCCGACAUAUCCGUUUCUUUCAGUCCACCCACGCAACAAACACAAAACUACUCCACGUGGUACAGAUGCGCCUUUAUAAUCGAUCUGUCUUGUGGAAAUUCAACAGAAACAUUACUACAGAUUUCUAACGAUCGCCUGUUCAAUACGCAAAACGAUUGGAUACUGUUUGAUGAGGGUUCGCUAGCGAAUGAAAUGAGCUCAGCUCAAUUUGCAUUGCGAACAUUUCAAAUAUAUUUGGCCAAUGCCUACGUUCUACCGGAUGCUGGUGUAUUUUUAUUCCUUGAGACCUAUAAUAGUGAUAUUUGGGAAAUUUGGAGUGGUUUUCGGGCCAGUAAAUUGGACACGAUAAGAGUGUUCGAAUACGGCACGGCAUCAUCAAACCGGUUGACAAUAAGUGAAUUACAUGACGAGAGAAGAAAUUUUCGUGGUAUUACACUGAAAUCUACAACAGUGAUAAUUGACAGAGAUCAUUUUUUUGGAUUUGAUAAAAAAAUUAGUUCUGACUUGGACGUAUUCGCUCAUAUGCAUUAUGAAAUGAUCGUUACAUUGACUAAUCAACUUAAUUUUAAGAUAAAUCUUACCAUUGACAACGAUUACGGAUGGUCUCUGGGCAAUGGUUCGUUCGGUGGUGUAACCGGACUUUUACAAAGAGAAGCAAUUGAUUUUAGUGCCACAGGUGUUUUUAUUCGGCCAGAUAGAAUGUCAGUAAUCGAUUUUACAGUCGGCACAAUUGCACUACGAACCACAGCGAUUUUUAGGCAGCCUUCGUUGUCCAGUGUACAUAAUAUUUUGUUGUUACCAUUCACGUUUGAUGUAUGGCUAGGCAUAUGUGCAACUUUAUGUGCAUUUGUGCUCACCUUGGUUUUUUUAAUGCGUGUAAAUAACUACUUCGCUGAGAAAAAAUAUGCUACACUGAAUAUUCCAGAAAUAGUGACCUUAGUCCAUGGAGCUAUAUGUCAACAAGGGUCUAAUAAUUCAACUUCAACCUCGGGAUCCAUACGUGUUGUCGUAUUCGUACUAUUUUUUACAUCUCUUUUCAUAUAUACGUCGUAUUCUGCAAGCAUUGCUGCGCUAGUUCAAUCAAAUAGUAAUUCAAUCAAGUCUAUUAAAAAUAUAGCAGAAUCGCCCAUGACAUUUAGUGCUCAAAUCAGCCAAUAUGGGAAACAUUAUUUUGAAGAAACAGAAGAUUCAGAAUUAAGGAAGCUUUAUAAGACAAAAAUGGUGCCUAGUGGAAAUAAAUCGUUCGUUAGAGCUGCUGAAGGGAUAGAAAGAAUUCGAACGGAGUUUCACGGAUUUCAGGUAGAAGUAAUGUCGGCCUACAAGAUUAUCAGUAAGGAAUGGCGUGAAGAGGAGAAAUGUGGCUUGGGUGAGAUACAACUUUUCAAGAUACCACUUUUGUCAAUAGCUUUAGUCAAAAAAUCAGGACACAAAGACAUAUUCAAACAAAAGCUAAUACAACAAAUGGAAGUCGGGCUGAAUAAACGAAUCUCUAGUCAAUGGUUACCUCCGAAGCCAUCGUGUGGAUCGUCCGGUAGAGCCAAACAAUACGUUAGCGUUUCUGUCAAAGAAACAUAUCUAACCGUUGCAAUAUUUGGAUUCGGUGUAUGCAUUUCGUUGCUGAUUUUUAUACUGGAAGUAUUACAACACGCCUGGACGAAUCGCGGAUCCAAAAAAAAUUUGUGGAAGUAA